CGUUUUGAUUUUACUCCUACCAAGAAAGACACAAUGUUAAGAGUCAGGGGCUUAGUCUGAAAAGUACUGAUCGGUAUGUCGAGGAAUAUGAGUAUGAUCAUUGUGAAGAGAUUUUUAUUUCAGAGAAGUUUUCAUUUGAGUACAAUGACUGCAGUCUUGCAGAAUUGUACACCAAAACGCCCUGGUGUUGGUGUCGGGGUUCUUGUAACCGAUGCAGCUCACCCCGGCUGCGUCCUCAUGGGAAAAAGAAAGAGUUCAGCAGGGAAAGGAGCUUACCAGCUACCAGGAGGACACAUGGAAUUUGGGGAGACAUGGGAGGAGUGUGCAAAGAGAGAAGUGAUGGAGGAGGCUGGCAUCCGCUUGAGGAAUGUUAAAUUUGCAUCUGUGGUGAACUCCAUUAAACUGGAAGAAAACUACCAUUAUGUCACAAUCUUCAUGCAGGGUGAACUGGAUCAAGCCUUUUCAGCUGAGCCUGUAAAUCUGGAGCCAGAGAAAAAUGAGGGAUGGACUUGGACGCAUUGGGAGGAAUUUCCCCCGGAGAACCAGCUUUUCUUGCCUCUGGCCAAUUUGAGACAGCAGGGAUUCCACCCAUUUGGAAACGUUGCCAAAAACCCAGUGUAAUCAGGGCCCCCUCAGCUUCCUUCAGGCCCACGUAAAGUGACUCUGAAUCGGUCCUUCCUGCUGUUCUCUUCCUUUAGUGCAAGUGAACAAAACAUUAAAAAAAAAAAACAACACAAUGGGUCGAAUUAAGCAGAGCCAUCACAAUUGGAUAUUUUGGUAUGGACCUCAGCCUGGUUGCACUGGUACAAAAACAAAGCAAAUCCAGUCUCAAACACACACAUACACAAUGUACCCUCCAAUUUGGAGAUGCGGGAUUUUAAAUAUUGCUGUGGAGAUGUGGGGUUUUAAAUAUUGCUGUUAAUUGCACCAAUAUUACACAUAUGUAAGAUUAAU